UCAACGCCGCCUCUCAGGGUCCCGCGAUAACAGCGACGAUCGGAAUAUACGAGUAUAGCCGAAAUAGUAUACUAUACUAUACUUCCAAAAGCCCGAUGACAUUUGGGCAUUUUAUGAGCAUGACCGCCAUUGUCUUGGCUUUUUGUUUGGGAUCGCUUAACUCUUGUCAUUGUGUACUAGUCAAAGUACGAAUGCCGCACUGA